AUGGCCUUCUGGAAGGUGCUGAGCGCUGCUGCGGCGUGCUGGGCCGUGCUGGCCUCCGCCGCCGACUUCUACGCCGCCCUGCCGCCCUCCUGCGACAGGACACGCAGGAGCCCAGCGCGCAGGAGCUGGGCCUUUGAGCUUGCGCAGCACUGGAUCCCUCAAACUUCAAGGCUCUUAAAUCCAGGACUCUUGGACGAGAUGUUCCUAGAAUUGAAUAAUUUGCAAGAGUAUUAUCGUGUGAUGGUGUCCAGGAAUCAUAAGGAGAUUGAUGUUAAAAGGAGCAGUGAAGAUACUGUUCAGAAAAUAAAUUGAAAUGUCAAUUUCUUUUCAAUAAAUAAAACAGUCGAAGGUUUUAAGAAAAUAUUUUGAAAAAGUAUACCAAUCAAGUACAAAUAUUUUGUGUAGAAAGAACUGUACAAUAUAUGUUCGUUGGUAAUUUAUAUUCAAAUGUGAUUUAGAUUAUGAUCAUCUUACUUUCUUUCACAAAAAUAAAAAUAUUAUUGAACAUUUAAUUCUCAAGUAGUUGAUGAAAUUUUGUCCUCAUCCUUGUGUCCUUUUCAAUACUUUAUCCAGGUUGUUUGUAGAACUACCAAUCUUUCUGUGUCAGGUGAAUAUUAGUG